AUGCUAAGACUGAAAAUUGAUGAAAGUAAACCCCUGAUGUGUUUUGUUUGCCGUACUGGUUGUAAGCUACUAAGUCAUUAUGAGACUGCUAUUUGUAAUUGUGGAGAGCGGAUGGAUUGUAUGUCUUUGGAAAUGAACGAGUCGACGAGGACGGAUCUUGAUACUCGAGACAGAGGCGUAUUUGUCAAAGGACCAAACCGACUUAUAGUAAGUGAUGAAUUGCAAGUAAUGCCCUCGUCAACCGCAGCAAGCUUUUCCUUAUUUUCUAAACUUGGGAUCAUUGACACAAGCUCCAUUGAAGAGAAGACCUUCAGCAUGGGAGUAGACAAGGCCUUGAACUUGCUCAAGUGCUUGCUGGUAUCAAAGCAACCUUUGACAGAAGCUUUUUUGGAGCAGAACCCAGUUUCCAUGCCGAGUAAGGAAGAUUUUGAGCAGGUACGCUUCACAAAAUCUAAGUUAGAGACAGAAACAAAUGAUUGUGGGAAGAUUUUUGUCAAGCUCAUGGUAAGCCAAUCCAAGAACAGGGUUUGCUGCGCUGAAGCGAGUGAAGACUUUAUUGAUUUGCUCUUCAGUUUCCUUCCUAUUCCACUUGGUUUUAUAGUAAAAGAAAUGCAAGGUGACACUUCAAAAGGAAACAUCUAUAACCUAUAUGAUAGCAUUCAGGACCUUGAUGCUAAGCAAUCUUUAAAGUCCAAGGAGAAUAUGGAAAUGCUAGUUAGUCCCAAGCUUGCUCCAGGUUUUGGCUAUGAGAAACAGCCAUUAAACAUUAAAGAAUACAUGCAGCAGCCAUACUACUUGUACAUCGGAGCGUAUAAUCACCGUCGUCUAACUUCUGAUAAGACACGUCUCUCUUUUGCUGACGUACGGAGCUCUGUAGCCUUAACUGUAAUGGAUCCGAAGUCUCACUCCAAGGACACUACAAGCGGCAGGGGAUAUGUCACUGGACCGGCAAUAUUUACCAUAACUGACGCUCUCAUGGUAACACCAAUGUCCCCAAUCACAGGCCCAGCUGCUCUAAGCAAAUUGAAGGUACCUUUCAGCGACAUAGAAGAGCGUACUGUGCAUGUGGGUGAAAAGGAGGCUUUGCGUCUACCGUUGGUCUCUUGUUAUAACUCCGAAUCUGCUCUUACCAGGACCUUUCUGCUUAAAGAACCAAACCAAGCGAUGUAG